CAAUUUCGUGGAGCUGUGACAAAAUUUGUUUAUGGAUAAUUUGGACGAUAUUUUUAUAAAUGUUAUAAGUUUAAUUUUGGAUUUGAGUUGAUACAAAAAGCCAAUUCUCAGAAUGGUAGAAUACAAUUUUGGUGAAUUGCCUUUGGAAACCGGAAAUACCAAUUCCUUUCAUACAGAACAGCCUACCAAGGAUGAUCCUAAUAAUCACUUGUUUAUUGAAGGAGAUGAAAUAAAUUAUGAAAACGAAGAUUACGCAGUAACCAACAAAGAUUUGGAAGAAGCCUUUGCACAAGAGUUCGAAUUGGAAGAGGGUAAAAGGGGUCUGUUUUUGAAUGAGACAACCCUCUUUCGUUGUCAGAUGUGCAGUGAUGUUUUCAAAAAGUAUCCAGAUUUCCGAGAGCAUCGCAAACAGCAUUUUAUACACAAACGGACGUGUAAGAUUUGUAACAUUACUUUUCAAGGUCUUACAAAACUAAAUGACCACAUGAAUAUUCACAAUGGGGUGAGGCCUCAUAAGUGUGACCAAUGCGACAAAGACUUCAUAUCCAAAGAUCAUCUUAAAUUGCAUGUCAAAUGUCACGUAAUAGAUCGAAAGUUUAAGUGUGAUGUAUGUGGCAACCAAUACAAAACUGCCAGAAGUUUAAGAGGGCAUAUGGAUAUUCAUAUUAGAAAAGUCAAAGAAUUUGUUUGCAAGAUUUGUAAAAAAGAUUUCGAUUCUGUUUCUAAAUUACAUGAACACCUCACUGAUGAGCAUGGUGAAAAGUUACCUGAAGUUCAGUGUGGUGUAUGUGGAAAGAAUUUUAAAUCUGAUCGAUCACUCGAAUGUCAUUUAUCUAUGGCACACAAAGAACUAAAAUUUCCAUGUGACAUAUGUGGGAAGAUUUUUCCUUCAAUGUACAGAAUAAAGAGGCAUGUACGCAGAUCUCACACAGCUGUAGAGUGUGAAAUUUGUAAGAAAGUGUUCCAUGAAAGAGGAGCUUACACAAAACAUAAGAAGUUAGAUCAUUUUGAAGAGAAACCGACGAAAUGCGACAUAUGUAACAAAACCUAUGAUAAAUUAAAGAACUUAAAGGAGCACGUAAGGUUGCAGCACACUCAGGACGGGCAAAAACACGAGUGUAACAUUUGUAACAAACUAUUCAUUAACAAGCCAUUAUUAAAUAACCAUUUGAAAACCCAUUCCAAGUUGUUUAAAUGUAGCUUUUGCGACCGGGUGUUUUCUUCAAGGUACAAUUUGGAAAUUCAUAGCGUUACUCAUACUAAAGAGCGCAAGUACCAGUGCCCGCAGUGCGGGAAGAUGUAUGCCACGAAAACGACACUAAAAAAUCACGUAUUCACCCAUUCAGACAAUAGGCCUUUUCAGUGUGAGCAGUGCAACAAGAGUUUUAAAAGCAAUAGGCGGCUUUAUGUGCAUAAAAACUCGCAUUUGACCGAAUAUAAGUUUCAGUGUUUCACUUGUUCCGCGAAAUUUAAAACAAAAGAGUACCUAAAGGCUCACCAGUACAGGCACAGCAAAGAGAAACCGUUCAUUUGUCCCCAAUGCCCUAAAAGCUUUAAGCACAAAAAAACAUUGGAGAAACAUUUGGUUAUCGGUAAACACAAGUAUUCGAACUGCGAUUCAGAGGAUCCAAAUGAUUGUGACGCAUUUACAAAAGAUUGCAAUUACAGUGAUGAAUGCCAAGAAGUUUCAAUUAAGCAGGAACCGGAAGAAAAAUACGAAGCGCCAAGUUAUGAAGCCGUAUUCCUGGCAAAUAUUAAAAGUGAGGUUGAAGCUCAACCCUGCAAGGAGGUUAAAAUAGAAAAUUGCGACGAAGUGGAUGAUUAAGGUAUAACCAAUUCUUAAGAUGAUGGAUUUGUUUGAUGCGACAUUCUUUUUCCACGUUCUCGAAUCAUGGUUUUUUAAUACUCAAUGUGUAUGUGUGUGAAAAAUAUUAAGUUUUGGAACUAACAUACUAUCGUGUUCCUGAAAAUUUCGUGUGUAUUUGUAAGACAUAUGUGCAAACUGUUCUAAACAGUAGAGUUUUCCGAACGAUAUGCAGUUUUUACGACAUAAUAUGGUAUUUAAGUUUGGUAAGGUUUUAUGAAGGUCAAACCGCAAGCCUACCUCGCUUAGGUUCCUCUUUGUAACCCUCAGUAAAUAGAGUCGCAAUUCCACAAUGACGUGCCUGAACCGUACUUCGGUACUUCGUGAAUAUAAAUGCUGAAAGCUGACGGGUUUGUGUAGAGUUUCAUCAGUGAGAGUCCUCAAUUAUUAUUAGUCUAUGCAGCGAAAAUCCAUUCUUACUUUUAAAUCCUACUCUUAAAAUAGAACAGUCCCCACGGCACAGUUCUUGUCGGUUAACACCUUAAAUACGGCCCUGGGUUGUGGAACAGGUUCUGAAAAAAAUGGUCCCUGUGGUCCGAAGUCCCAAGUCAAAACCAUAAAAGGUUGUAAAAACGGUAUAUCGUUGGAGAACUCUUUAUUCCUGUGCAACUUUGUGUUGCAAUUCAUAUAUUUAUUCUUAAAAUCACAAAUCAACUUAAAUAAUUCUCCUGGAUUACUUGUAUAUUUCCAAUAAAGUAAAUUUAUUCGAUAAUGUAAUUGUUGAGAUAUUUUAUGCAACAUUGUCUUACUUUAUUUAAUUAUAUAUUAAGCGAAACUAAAGUUUUAAUCCUAUGAUACUGUAAAUAACAGAUUUAAAUUUCAUUUUUUCAAGUUUUCGGUCUAUUGUCAAAGUAUAACAGUCAGUAUUAAUUAUUGUGAAUAGAAUCGUCAAAUUCUAGUCAAAUAUCGUUCAAACUCAUACCAGUCUUGUGAGGGGGUUGAAAUACACUGCUAAUUUAAGGUUUUUAUUUGAUAUCUUGUUUUGAUAUUUUUUUGUGAUAUUUUUCAUAGCUGCGUAGAUAUCUUUAUAAUUUAUUUAAUAUUUAAUAUAGUCGGAAAAUCUGAAUAAAGCUGUUUUGAAAUUGG